AUGCGCUCAACAGAAUCAACCUCCCAUCCAUACAUCCUAAAGACAUCCCGGGGCUCCCUUAAGGGUCUCGAACAACGCGACCUCGCGGGAAACCCUAUUCUAUAUCGCUUCACAAAAGUUCCCUAUGCACUUCCCCCGACGGGGUCCCGCCGCUGGCGUCGACCCCAAGCCCUACCGGAGGCCUUUACGUUUAACAACCCGCAAGGCACCCCGGGAGACUACACACGCUUCGGGCCCAUCUGCCCACAACCUCACUACGACCAUGGCUCCAUAGCCGUGGCGAACCCGAAUGCAGCUCCGCCCGUCGAUAAUGUCCAGGAUGAAGACUGCCUCUACCUGAACAUCUGGGUCCCAGCCUCGCCUGCCCCCAAUGAGAAAGGAUGGCCUGUCCAAUUCCACAUCCACGGGGGUUGGCUCCAAGUCGGCGACGCCCUGCAGCAGAACGACACGGACCCCUUUGACCUCCUGGCACACACCACGCCCCGUAUAAUCGUCUCGCCAACCUACCGCCUCAACCUGUUCGGUUUCCUAGCUGGUUCCGAACUUGCCAGUCUGAAGGAAGACGCUUCCCCGUCAAACUACGGCCUGUGGGACCAACGGUGCGCAUUGGAGUGGGUGGCAAAGAACAUCCACCUGUUCGGCGGGGACGCGUCCAACAUCACUGUAGGAGGGCUGUCUGCGGGUGCGAACAGCACCUUUUUCCAGCUCAACUACGACAUUCUCCUGCCUCGGGAAAAGAGACUGGUCAGGAGAGUGUACCUGUGGUCCAACGCUGUGGCGAUCCAGCCAAACCCAACCACUUCCCCGGUGCUGACGCAACAAUUCAAUGAUCUCUGCGCGAUAUUUGAGAUUCCUCUCUCAAGCAGUCCGCGCGAAAAACUGGAGCGACUCCGCCAGAUCCCGGCCAAGGACUUGAUCGCGUCGUUGGCGAAGAUGAAAAUGCACACUUUCCGCUCCUCGACCGACGACUGUUUCGUCCCCAGCACAUUCCUCUCCUCGCUGCAUUCGGGUUCGUUCGCUACGCGCCUCGCCGAAAACGACAUCUCCAUCUUCCUCGGCGAAGUCUGCGACGAAAAGGAACUGUACAAAAUCGUCAAUCCGCCCUCUUCGCACCAGGGCCUCGUGACGCAGUUGGCCAACUACUACCCUGCGCACGUGGUCAAGGCCCUCUUGCCGCUGUACUCGAUGCCGGCGGGUACCUCGACCAACGCGGCGGAGUGGGCCGAGGUGUUCAGCCAGAUCGUUGCGGACGUGCAGGUGCACGCCUCACUUCGGGGCCUCACGCACGUCGUGCUCAACCCGCCUCCGCACGAAACAGGUGCCGUGGUCAAACCCCUACCGCGGCCCAACUUGCACCGGUACCGGAUAUCGUGGCGGGCGAAGAACCUCGACAACUGGAUCUCGCCCGCCGUCGGCGUCUGCCACGGCCUCGACACCCCCAUAUGGUGGGCCAGCGGCUGGCGCGCCGACUACACGGCGCAGGACAAGCGUGUGAUCCAGCGUUUCCUGGAGCCGUUCGGCAGGUUCCUGGCUGGGGAGAAGCUGCUCGACGCCGGCGCUGCUGCUGCGCGCGGAGAGAGGUCUCUGAGGUGGCUGGACCACGAGGGCAAUGUGGUCGAGGACAAGGAGGACGAGCUGUGGGACCGCGGCAUGCGCAUCUGGGAAAAGGUGUGGGAGUCGCAGCGGGGGCUAGUUGUCAAGGAGAAGGAAGGCGGCGAGAGCCGACUGUGA